AUGAAGCCUGAAUACACCAUAUCUACAGAGGACAUGCAAAUGGGAACCGAAAUAUCAAAUACCACUACACUGGUGGAAUUUGUUCUCUUGGCGUUUUCUGAUAUUCCCAACCUUCAGUGGAUCCUCUUUGGAACAGUUUUACUCAUGUAUCUGACAAUUCUGAUCUGCAAUAGCCUGAUAAUAUUAAUAGCAAAAGUUGACCUUGCUCUGCAGAUGCCUAUGUACUUUUUCCUCAGCAACUUUUCCCUUGUGGAAAUCUGUUACAUCACAGUCACGAUCCCGAGAAUGCUCAUGGAGCUUUGUACCCAAAAAGGAAAUAUUUCCCUGGUUGCCUGUGCUACGCAAAUGUGCUUCGUCCUCAUGCUGAGAGGCACAGAGUACCUCCUGCUGACCGCGAUGGCCUAUGACUGCUAUGUGGCCAUCUGCCACCCCCUGCAUUAUGGCCUGAUCAUGAACCCCAAAUUCUGCAUGCAGCUCGUGGCCGCCUGCUGGAUCAGUACUGUUCCUGUUAUGAUUGGACACACAUGCCAGAUUUUCUCUUUGCCCUUUUGUGGGUCUAACAGAAUCAAUCACUUCUUCUGUGACAUCCCCUCAGUACUCAAGCUGGCUUGUGGGGACACAUUUUCCAAUGAGAUAGCAAUCUAUGUGGUGGCAGUGGUGUUUGCCACUUUUCCCUUUCUGCUGAUCAUCAUCUCCUAUGGCAGAAUUGUCUGCAGCAUUCUGAGAAUGCCUUUGGUGUGUGGGAGGGCCAAAGUUUUCUCCACCUGCUCCUCUCACCUGACAGUUCUGGUCCUAUUCUACAGAACAGGCAGCAUCACUUAUUUACAGCCCAAACCAAGGCAGGCUGAAGACACGGGAAAGCUCCUGUCUCUUUUCUACACUGUUUUGAUCCCAACUCUGAAUCCCAUCAUCUACUCGCUGAGGAACAAGGACAUCAUGUUGGCCCUGAGAAAGCUACUAAGUUACCAGCACAGGAUCUGUGAAAAUCAAUGCCUUCUUGUGCCACAUUCUCUGAAUACUAAGGCUACACUGGUGAGGUACUUUUGUGAGCGAGACAUUGGUCAGCACAAGUGUGAUGCUAUUUUCACUGAUUCCUUCUGUGAUGAUGCUUGA